AUGCCGGAUGAUUGGAAGCUAAGCAUCUUAAUACCAAUCUAUAAGGGAAAAGGAAGUGUGAUGGAUUGUGGUUCAUAUCGUGGGAUAAAACUACUGGAGCAGGGUAUGAAAGUGCUAGAACGAGUUUUGGAGAAGAGAUUGCGAGAUAUUAUCAAAAUUGAUGAUAUGAAGUUUAGUUUUAUGCCAGGAAAUGCUAUCUUCAUUGUGAGAAGGAUGCAGGAAUGUCAUCAUGAUAAAAGGAAGAAACUGUUUAUGUGUUUCGUAGAUCUGGAGAAAGCUUUUGAUAGAAUACCACGUUCUGUUAUCGCUUGGGCAUUACGUAAAAGAAUGGUUCCAGAAGGUGUGGUGAAAUAUGUCAUGGUACUGUAUGAAGAAGCUCACACAAAAAUCAAAUGUGGUAAUGGCUUCUCAGAGAGUUUUAGCGUGGGAGUAGGUCUUCCACCAGGGUUCAUGUCUUGUCACCACUGUUGUUCGCAAUAG